AUGGCCUGCGAAACAGAACAAGUUUUGAAGGAGCUCUGCCAAAAAGUAAGUCGUUGAUAUCUUUUGCUUGAAAACAUAUCUUUUAUAGUUUUUUUAGUGUUUAUAGAUCUAUUUUACACUGAAAACUUAUAAACUUGAUAUAGUGGUAGAUUCAUUGCUAAAACUGUAAUUUUCAGGUUGAAGCGUCAUCUUUGGAUUCUUCAUCUUGUCGGUAUGGACGUGACGAUCUUCUGGACAUUCUCUACAUCAAGUCUGACGAUGAAUGGAACCAGCGUGGAAAGAAGGCGGGUUUGGCACCCAAGGAACUCAAGUUUUUGAAUCGGGUUCCAGGAAAAAACUACGACGAUAUCAGAGCAUUGUAUGCUUGCAAAGAGUAAGCGUUUUAUUUUGUUUUGGAGUUUGGGUACGAAUCUUUGAAACAAUUGAAAUAAGUAUUGGAACACUAUUUUUGAGGAAUGACCAGUUUUUAUUGAGUUAGGUUAUUCUGUAGGUGAUGGUGCUAAAGAUGUCAUUUUUUGAUGUUUAGGUACAGAAGAAAUAUGCUAAACUUUUAUUUCCCAGAUGAAUAUGCCUACCUACAGCAACUCAAAAGAAUUGACGAAGGAGCUGUCAAACAAAAUAGGGUAAGUUGGCUUUUUAUUGCUUUACUUUAAUUUUUAUGUAAUAAUUCAAAAAAUGGAGCCAAAAUUGAAUCAGAAAAUUGAAAAAUUUCUUUUUAGGCUUUAAAAUGGCAAGAACUUCUUUACAAAACAAAAAAUGACAACAACUUUCUUUAAAAAGCAAAAAAUGGUAAUAACCUUCUUCACGGAAAUUAAAAAUUUCUUUUACAGAAAGUAAAAUGUCAAAAACUUUCUUUACAAAGCAAUCUCUAACAAAAUUUCAGGUUUUGUUUGAUUACCUGAUGAGAGAGCAGAACAACAUGGCAGAUCUGAUCCAAAAGCAGAUUGCCAUUAUUUGUCUUUAUUGGGCUCAAGGUCUCAUCGAAUCUAGGCAGCCAAUCUUUCUGGACGCCAUAUUGCAGUACAAGGAGCAUCGCAUAGUCAAAUACGUCGUAGGAGGCAAAGAAAAGAUGGCUACAAUAACAUAUUUUAGUUGUUUGAUGCCAGAAGAACGAAGACAACCCAACUUUCGGUCUGCGGCCGACAGGAUCAACUUGGUAACGGUGAUUCGAGAGGGCAUCGUGCUGUUUGAAGUGAGUUGUUUUAUUGUUUUUGAUUGAUUUUUAGGUGAUAUUUGAGAAGAAAAGGUGAAGGAGAUACUAAAUUAUGUUGAGGAUGAAGUUAAGAUUGGUUUAAAAAUGGUUUUGAUAGAGUUGAUAUAGUUUUAGAUUGAUUUCCGACUAAAAAUAAGCUUUUCAACUAUUCCUUUCAAGCUUUUUCACUAAAUUUUUAAACUUUUAGGGUUUUGUUCACUACAAAAAGAAUGGGGAAGUCGUGUUGAAGGUUGACAGAGUGAAAAAGGAUCUAUUAACCGAGCUACAACAAGUUACAGCGCUAGAUGUUGAUUUAUACGAACAACCGAAUGAUUUCGUCCCUCAGGCAAUGUUGAAUGCUGUUCAAGGGGUGAAGAUGGGCCUAAUUGACAGCAUUUUAAUGCCUAAGCCUACAGAGAAGGUAAGAGUUGAAAUUGGACAAGAUUUUUGAAAAAUUUUUUUUUUGAAAUUUGAAAAAAAUGUUUGAGAUGUUCGAAAAUUGCUAUGAUUUACUGUUUCUUACUGUAGAAAGUAAUUUUAAGGUCUAAAAGAGUACGAACAAGCCCUGCCAGGAGCUCUACGACAAUAUGAUAAGCAGCCUCAUUUGGCCUUCUUGAAUGCUGAACAGAAAGCUGUCAUUCAUGCGGUCGAUACCCACGCUCACGCUGGAUUCCCAUUCGUCUUGUAUGGUCCACCUGGAACUGGUAGGUUAAAAUGGCUAAAACUUUGUUUACAAAUCGAAAAAUGGCGAGAACUUUCUUUACAAGGCAUAAAAUAGCAAUAGCUUUUUCUACAAAAUAAAAAAUGACAAUAACUUUUUUUAAAAAGCUAAUUUGUGACCAUAUUUUAGGUAAAACAGAGACAAUAUCAGCAUUGGUUUUAACCUUGUUGAAGAAAACUCCAAAUACUCGAAUUCUGAUUUGCACUCCAUCAAAUAUGGCAGCGAACCGAGUGACCGAAAAACUAAUGGAACACUUUGGCAAACCUUACAAUGAUGUCCUAACUGAGAAGAAUCUCUUACGGUUGUUUUCUAGUGGUAAUAACUACAAGAGAAGGGACAAAAAGUUUGACAACGUGAUCUCAGCGUGAGUUUUUUUUUUAAUUUGGGGGGGGGGGGGGAUAGUUUAGGCUUGGUUAUGUUAGGUUUAGGCUUAGGAGACUAAGGGUUUGGGUUAUUAAACUUAGGUUUUACUUUCUUAACGUUGGGCUUAGGCUUACACAUACAAUAAAACCUUAUUUUAAGCUUUUUCUGGUGAUUUUUUCAAAAUUUAAAAAAUUUCAGAAACCUAGCCUUAAAGAGGUAUGUCAUUCCCGAAGUAGAAUGCCUAAUAAGACGACGAGUCAUCGUAUGUACAUUGUCAUCUACAACUCACCUGAUCAAACAUGAUGUGCCCCGAGGACAUUUCGAUUAUAUUAUGAUCGACGAAGCCGGCCAAGCCUCAGAAGCCGAAGUUUGGAUUCCAUUGGGUGGAUUGGCCGAUCGAACGACCUCAGUGUUUCUAUAUGGUGAUCCAAAACAGCUGGGACCAGUAAUCACUCUAAAUCUACCCAAGUACAUGACUGACAAGUUCGUAUCACCGCUUCACAGAUUCUUGCAGAAUCCACAGUAUUUGAAGGAUUUGUAAGUUUUUUUAGAUAUAAUUGGCAUUUUUAUAUUAAGUGUCAGCUAGGAAUGGCAUUUUUAAAAACUUUUUGAAAGGAAAUGAAAUUUUUAUGUUUUUGUACGGUAUUCCAUGAGAAAUGGCAUUUAUUACCAUUUUAGACGAUUCUGCGUACAACUUAAAUGUUUGUUGAAUAAAAUGUAUGCAGAAUCAGCACCCAGCAUCGCCACUGUAGGUUUCGGUCUCUUAGGAAAGAGACCGAAACCGGAACAAGAAGGUGAACCUAAGUUGGCAUUGUAAAAAAGCGCAAACCGGAGGCUUAGUAGGCUUAGGCUUAGUUAGAUUAGGGUUACUAAGCUUAGGUUUAGCAAGCAUAGGCUUAAGCUUAGUAAGCUUGAGCUUAGUGAGCUUAGGCUUAGGAGGCUUAGUAUUUUUAGACUUAUUGUAAUAUCCGAUAAACGAGACCCCAGUCAGUCACCCACGUAGUGCACGUGAGAUGCACGCUAACAAAUACAGCACAUUCCAAAGUCCACAAACUCGUGCUAUCGUCAAUCAUACAGCACAAUCACAAGACCCCGUUCGCUGAACUCCUGUCAACUUACGUCAAUGGAAGUGAUCAAUCAAUCUUGCAUCACUGCGCAGCACUAGUAUAAAAGGGCUGCCGAGCACCGUACUGACGGACCCCGCCAAAUCAGAAUACUACCGUAUUCUACCAAAUCUAUUCUAACUUAAAUAUUGUGAACUGAUUGUUAUUUAAUUCUAUUAUUGAUUGUUAUCUAGAUAUGAUAUACUAUCCAAAUACUCGUAUUCACUAGAAUAAAUAUACUACCAAUUACAUCGAAUUAUUUUCAGAACAAUCAUGUUUCUCUGAACACUGCCCCCGAUAAUCAGCGUCAUGUUUAUGGUUUUCUCCGAGUUUUGAGUAAAAACGGCAUACGAUUGAAAAAAACGCAAGUAAGUUUAAUAUUGAAUUGGAUGGAAGAAGAAGGUAGAGUUGGACUGCACUACGGUUGGGUAUAAAUAGGAUGGGGUAGGAAAGGGCAGAAUAUGCUACUAGGGCAGAGAAAGGUACCGUAGGAGAGACUAUAGUAGGGAAAGAUCGAAUAGGUUUGAGCAUCAUACACUUUUUGCUGGUGUAUAAUGUUGUCAAUAAUUUUAAAAGUUUUAAGUUGUUGCUUAAAACAUUUUAGGAGUCCCGGCGUCAGAACGGGGUUAACUUUUGACAGUAACGCUUGACUUAGUUCUAUGCAAUGUGGGUCGGUUUGUUGUGCUUGCCGUAUGUUAUCUCUAUCAACAUAGAAAAUGUUAAUAUACGACACGGGUUGAUAGCGGCUUACAUAAUUAGUAAUGGUAAAACAUAGUUCUAGCCCUAGUCCUAGCCUAAGCCCUAGUCUCAGUUUUAGUGGUAGUUCCUAGCAGAUUGUAAUCAUCGUCAAGUUCGUUUAAAUUUCAGGGCUAUGAUUCGAAAAACAGCAAAGUUAAUCGGUCAAUUAAAUACAGCAUUGAAUUCAUCGGGCCUUGUUCAGCCUUGUUGAGUCGUUUGAAGUUGAAUAAGAAGAUGAAUUUGAAGGAACGACGACAAUUCAAAGCGCUGAAAAAUUUGGUCACUCGUAAUCCAGCCCCUUCACUUUCAAUGACGCCGUUCCAUUUUUACACUGCUAUUGGGUUCAUCAUGUUCGCUGAGCAAUUUUUCCCUCUGAGCUCUGAAAAAUUCUACAGUGUUUACCGAGUGGAAAUUUAA